GAGCAACAUAGACAGCAGAAGUUUGGAAAAAGCAGAGACACAACACCGCAAAGAAAGAAAAAGCACAACAUUCUGACAGGAGGAUUUCUUACAAUGGAGAUUUAUCAUUAUUCACAAUAUUUUGUGUGCAUCCUUGCCUUUUUUGGACUGGUUGCACAGGCUUUGGAUGCCUGUUUACAAGAACAGCUGAGACUAAAGGCCCAAGUGAGACUUCUUGAGCAGCAAACAAAGUUGCAGCAAAUAAAGAUUGAGAAUCUGUUACGAGAAAGGGAACUGCAGUUUAUGGACCGGGGAGAUGAGAUGCUAGUUAACAACUUAGGAGAAAUCCGAAGUUAUGCAGACUGUGGUGACAUUUACAACGAUGGACAUAAACAGAGUGGUUUUUACAAAAUUAAACCAUUGCAAAGCCGUACAUCAUUUUAUGUGUACUGCGAUAUGUCUGAUGGAGGGGGAUGGACUGUUUUUCAGAGACGCUUGGAUGGAAGCCAAAAUUUCUUUCGGAAUUGGACUGACUAUAAACAAGGAUUUGGGGAUUUCGCUUCAGCGAGGGGAGAAUUUUGGCUAGGAAAUGAUAACUUGCACUUCUUGACAUUGCAAGAUGACUACAUAUUAAGAAUUGACCUCCAGGAUUUUGAAGGACAAAGACGAACUGCUGACUACAAAAGUUUCAGAGUUAGUGAUGAAGAGAGCGGUUACCAGAUUAGUUGUGGAGUGUAUUCAGGUACAGCUGGAGACUCUCUCACUGGAGGAUUUAACCCAGAAGUACAAUGGUGGGCCAACCAUAAUGGGAUGAAAUUCAGCACUUGGGAUCGAGACAAUGACAACUAUGAGGAGAACUGUGCUGAGCAGGAUAAAGGUGGAUGGUGGUAUAACAGGUGUCACUCUGCUAAUCUGAAUGGUCUGUACUACAAAGGACCUUACACAUCCAGAACAGAUGAUGGGAUUGUUUGGUACACAUGGCAUGGAUGGUGGUAUUCUUUAAAAUAUGUUGCCAUGAAGAUAAGAUCUGCAAACUUUGAACCAAAUGUUGUCUGA